UCUUCAUAUCUAGCGGUAAGAAUUCUCAGUUCGACUCUGUUCAAUUACGUUAAAUAUCUGAGUCCGAUUCCUUUGUAAUAUCCCAAUUCUCUGAUCUUUGUCGAGUUUAUCAUUUCUAGAUUUCGGACAAGAAGUUUUCAUCGUAUUGUUCUCAAUCAAAUUCAGAAAUCUGCUUGAUCCAUGGGGAAGAGGAAGUCAAGUGCGAAGCCACCUCCAAAGAAGCGAAUGGAUAAACUUGAUACUGUUUUCAGCUGUCCCUUCUGCAAUCAUGGUACCAGCGUUGAGUGCCUCAUUGAUAUGAAGAACUUGAUUGGUGAAGCCAUAUGCAGGAUUUGCCAAGAGAGCUUCAGCACCACUGUCACAGGUAUGUUUUGGGGCCAUACUUGUGUUUUAGAAAACAACUUCCUGAAACUUCCAGGUGGAGAAAAUUAGAGAUCCAUAUCCUCUGGACAGAUUUUUUUUUGUUUAGUGAAAUACAAUGAAGAGCGGGUAGAGUUUAAAGGGGUCAGAAAAAAAAAACAAGAAAUUAUAUUGUUAUGGUAUCCGAUACUUUUCUAAAUGCAAGAGGUAGUUAUCAUCAUCAUUAAGACUGGAUCAUGGCUGAUGAAUGGGAUGGUUCUUUGCUCAUAAUAAAUCCAAAAUUGAUUCGCAUGAAUCCACAGAUGCCCAUGAAUCCUAUAACCCAUCCAUGAUUGAUUGGAGAAGUUGAACCACCUUUUUUUCCCUUUCACUUGGUUUGAUUUCCUAGAAGAAUCCACUUUUGACUUGAUGUUACACUCUUGGGCCAGCUUGAUUAAUCCCGAGUCUUUAUGGUUUUUAUAUGGAGCCGGAUGCAUAGAGUAACUGUUCUACAUGCAUGCAUAUGAUGUUCUGUAGCCAAUUAUCCUUAUGCAAGUUCAUAUGGAAAUGGAAUCUGAAAGUUCAAAAAUUCAUAAAUGACUAAAUUUAUUUUCUGUUGUCUGCAGCUUUAACAGAGCCAAUAGACAUAUACAGUGAGUGGAUUGAUGAAUGCGAACGAGUCAACAGCCUCGAGGAUGAGGGUGCUAGUACUAGCCUGCAGUGAGGCCUGGCAGCCAGUUCACUUUUAAAUGCAGUAGCUACAGACUGCCUGGAGCUUUCUGAAGUUUGAAUUUCAGUGAGUUCUUGGCAGGAACAAUAGUGGCACUUAUAUUACUGUUAUGUGUUUUGUUGGUGGAACACAAACCUAUGCUUUGUUUGUUAGCAAUAUAUUUGAAAUAAUUUGCAUGUGUUUGGUGGAAGUUAGCUCUGAUUGAAAAUCAUAGAUAACAGAGGCUUUCCAUGGCUUGAAAAUUGUAAUGCAUCAAGUAUUGUAUAUGUUUCGCUCUACUUUAUGUUCUAUUGUAGCUACGUUAUAUCGGAUUUCUGGGAGAAAUAAGCCGCACUCAGUCUUGCCUUUAUUUUUGGAAAGGCUGAUUGCCGGAUUUGAACUUGUUUCGUAUCAUAACUUAGAUGGCUGAACACUUGUUAUCGCUCAUGUCCGACAUCUGAAAAAUUGUGUUAAUGCAUGGA